AUGGCUUGCAAGUCCGGGGAAAUCAAGGGGUAUGCUGGCCGCAAUGAAAUAAAGAACUUCUUUGCAUCAAUCAAGACCAUCUACGGCCGCACGAUAAAAAGUACUGUGCCGCUUCGCAGCCCCGAUGGAACAACACUACUGACGAAAUCACAGAUUCUAAAGCGCUGGGUCGAACACUUCAAAAGUACCCUCAACGGCUCAUCCGCUGUCUCCGACGCCGCCAGUGGCAGACUCCUUCAAGUGGAGACGAACGACGACCUGUAUCUCCCGCCUUCUCUCCCGGAGACAAUCAGGGCCGUGCGUCAACUCUCCAGCAGGAAAACACAGGGAGCUGACGCGAUUCCAACCGACGUGUACAGGCACAACAGCCCCCCGGCUACUGCAUCAGCUGAGCUAUUCCCGGAGGUGUGGUGUCAGGGCUCAGUUCCUCAGAACGUCAAGGAUGCGACAAUUGUCCAUCUCUACACGCGGAAAGAGGACGGGCAACUUUGUGAUAAUCUCAGGACAAUCUCGUUUCUAAACAUCGCCUAG